AUGCUACUGGGCUCUUCCCUGUCUCUGGGCCUGGUUGUUCUGUACCACAAAGAAGAAAUCACGGCAAGGGACAUGUCCGCGGCUAUCUUCAUUGGACAUGCCAUUACAGUGGCUGUAGCUAUAUUGCUUACUUCAGGCAUAUGGCUAGCGGUUUACUUCGUUGGAGUGAAACCAGCGUCAAAAGGAGGCGAUACAUACAACAUUUAUGGAAACUGUAGCUCUUCUGAGAAGCCAAGCAAUGGAUGUGCACCACCUCCACCAGUGACCUGCGAGAAAACAUGCGAAUUCAUUAUCUGCGAAUCAAUACCAGCUGGACUCGCGUUCAACUCCUCGUAUCCAAUUUACAACAGCACGACAAAUUGUUGGAUGAGGCUAAUGAUUGAGUUCAUUAUUCUUCGCAUUUUCGGUCUUGUGUACAAUUUCAAUAAUCAAUGGCUUUUCACCACUGCAUAG